AUUUUAUUAUUUCAUCUACGGUCACACAUUAAAAGCUCUAAAUUUCUAGCGUCGUAUUAUUUUGGCGGCUGUUAAUAAUAUAUUGUUUGUUUUUGAUGUCUGAAUUAAAGGCCAAGAGCCCACUCAGCGAGCGGUCGCUCAACAAUUCGGCGUCCAGAGAUCAAAUUUAUCCUGUGACCUUUAAGAUAUUUAAAAGGCUAAUAGCUAACCUGCCGCAAAUUACAACCGCCCUACGAUCCUCCGAUGAAAACCACAAGACGGACGACGAGUGGGCGCGGUGGUACUAUGAAGCCUUUUACAGAGAUCCUAGUAUUCGAGAAAAGUAUCAGUUCGAAGUGGCUCCUUGUCCUGGUGGCGUUCGAGAAAAGUUGCUCAAGGUUCCUGACCUUGAACUCAUCCGUGAUCUGCAAGAGCCAAUAUCAGAGCAAAUGGUUGUGGCCGACGCAGCCAAGACAGAUUCGGUCAAUGCCAAAAGCGAGUCGGAUAAUUUACAGGGAAACCAGAACCUAAGAUCUGGAGAUGAGAUAGUUGAAGUCGACAAGUAUGGCACUUUCAUAUUUCCAGUAUCUUUCCAAACUUUUGAAAGGAGCCUCAACCAAAUAGAGGUGUUCCGCCAGGUCAUGAAGAGCCAAGACGAUUGUCUGAAGCUGUUGGUCGAUGAUGGGCUUCGUAAUAUAACCUUAAAAAAGUUUUAUAACAGCUAUUACAUGCGCCCACAACAUCGUGGCAAGGAAAACAUUUUCCAAGAAUUUCCACCAACUCCGUUAGCCAAGUUGCUAGAAAUUGGCAGGCCUUAUGAUGAUACAGCAGUCAAAACUGCUUUAAAGUUUGCCGCCGAGAAUUCCGAUAACAACAAUUCUAUCGUUAGUUUUGAGCAGUUUAAGAGGAGCUUGCGGAAUUUAAGAGAUAUUGUGGAAGACCUGAAGCAGAUGGACAAAAAUUAUGACGGCAAAGACUUUGAAGAGUGUGCCUAUGACUACUACAAGGCAUUUUACCUCACACCAGAGAUUCGCCACAAGGUCCAAUUCCAGUUGCGACCAUGUGCGGCUGAAUUUCAGGACCGCCUACUGGCUUUUCCGAGCAAGGAAACCGCCAACGCCCAGUUAACCAGCCACUCACCAAAAAAUAAUCAAACUUUGAUUUCACGCGAACGUGAAUCUUUACAAAGGAAAGAGGAGCCGUUAAACUCAGUCUCUAAAAAGUUUGAAGUCUUGAGCGUAGACUCUUUUGAGCGAGUUUCCAUAUUUAUAGUAAUCUCAUAUCACAAAUAAAUCUUUUCCUCCUUUAAAGCAAAGCUAUACAAUGAAAAAUAAUAAAUAUCUUCUUAAGAGUAUCAA